AAUCCCUUUUCCAAAUCAAUCUUUUGUUUCUGCCAUUUUAAGAAAGAAAAAAAGAGUUUUUAACUACACUAAAAUGUGUGGUGGUGCAAUUCUUGCUGAUAUCAUUCCUCGCCGUGACCGCCGUUUGUCAUCUACCGACUUAUGGCCAAGUUCUGCAGAUUUCUGGCUAAAUUCUUCAUUUUCAAAGCCACUCUCCACCGAAAAUGUUCCUUUCAAGAACCAACGAGCUCAACCCUCUAGAGGUAGUGAGCAGAUCCAGAAAACCAAGAAGAGGCAAAGGAAGAAUCUUUACAGGGGAAUCCGACAGCGUCCAUGGGGUAAAUGGGCAGCUGAAAUCCGUGACCCGAGAAAAGGUGUCCGGGUUUGGUUAGGUACUUUCAACACUGCUGAAGAAGCUGCUAGAGCUUAUGACAAAGAAGCUCGUGAAAUCAGGGGUAAAAAAGCCAAAGUUAAUUUCCCCAACGAGGAUGAUAAUCUCUACAGUUAUCAACAAUCUCGUAAUGACAUUGGUUACGAAUCCUAUGAUACGACUUCUAAUGACCAGUCAAAUACUAACUGUUAUGGCUUUUACUCGGUCGAAAACAAUGAACCUGUUGUGGAAUAUCCAAUUAUAGCUAACAAAAGUACUUCAUGUGAGGAGCAAAAAGCAGAGAAUAACGAAGUGUUGAAAUUGUCUGAGGAGUUGAUGCCUUACGAGUCAUUGAUGAAGUUUUAUGAGAUACCUUAUGUUGAUGGGCAAUCAGCGGCAACGGUGAAUCCGGUGGUGGAAGGCGUUGUGGGCGGUGGCCCGAUGGACCUUUGGAGUUUCGAUGAUGCAGUUCAACAGUGUCCAUAAACUAGUUACUAUAAUAUUGGAGUUUGAUUUUUUUUUUUAUCCCUUUUUUGUCUAAUGUCUCUAUGUAGUGAGUAGUAGUAACAACAACAAUAACGAUGACUCAAAUGAACAAAUUGAAUUCGACUAUACGAAUCUUCACUGCUUCAUUUAAGCACAA